GCAGCAGCAGCGGCCGCCCCCGUCCCCGCCCCCGGCCCCGUCCCGGCGCCCCUAUGGGGAGAACAGACAAUGGAUUAUGAUUUCAAGGCGAAGCUGGCGGCGGAGCGGGAGCGAGUGGAGGAUCUCUUUGAGUACGAAGGGUGCAAAGUGGGACGCGGCACCUACGGGCACGUCUACAAGGCGAGGCGGAAAGAUGGAAAAGAUGAAAAGGAAUAUGCACUGAAGCAAAUUGAAGGGACAGGAAUAUCCAUGUCGGCUUGUAGAGAGAUUGCACUUUUACGAGAAUUGAAGCACCCCAACGUGAUUGCGUUACAAAAGGUGUUCCUUUCUCACAGUGACCGAAAGGUUUGGCUUCUGUUCGAUUAUGCAGAACAUGAUUUGUGGCACAUUAUCAAGUAUCAUCGUGCUUCAAAAGCAAAUAAAAAGCCCAUGCAGUUGCCAAGAUCUAUGGUCAAAUCGCUACUCUACCAGAUCCUUGAUGGAAUUCAUUACCUCCAUGCAAACUGGGUGCUUCAUCGAGAUCUGAAACCUGCAAAUAUCCUGGUAAUGGGAGAAGGCCCUGAAAGGGGAAGAGUUAAAAUAGCUGACAUGGGCUUUGCCAGACUAUUCAAUUCUCCCCUAAAACCUCUAGCAGAUUUGGAUCCAGUAGUGGUGACAUUCUGGUAUAGAGCUCCGGAGCUGUUGCUUGGUGCAAGGCAUUACACAAAAGCCAUUGAUAUAUGGGCAAUUGGCUGCAUAUUUGCUGAACUAUUGACUUCAGAACCUAUUUUUCAUUGUCGACAAGAGGACAUCAAAACAAGCAAUCCUUUUCAUCAUGAUCAACUGGAUCGUAUUUUCAGCGUCAUGGGGUUCCCUGCAGAUAAAGACUGGGAAGAUAUACGGAAGAUGCCAGAAUAUCCAACACUUCAAAAAGACUUCAGAAGAACAACAUAUGCCAAUAGUAGCCUCAUAAAGUACAUGGAGAAACAUAAAGUCAAGCCUGACAGCAAAGUUUUCCUUUUGCUUCAGAAACUUCUCACUAUGGAUCCUACAAAGAGAAUUACCUCAGAGCAAGCCUUGCAAGAUCCCUACUUCCAGGAGGAUCCCUUGCCUACAUCAGAUGUAUUUGCUGGCUGCCAGAUUCCAUAUCCCAAACGAGAAUUCCUUAAUGAGGAUGAACCUGAGGAAAAAGCUGACAAGAAUCAACAACAGCAGAAUCAACAUCAGCAACCAACAGCAAAUCAACAGCAACAGCAGCAGACCGCACCUCAGCAGCAACAGCAAAACAGCACUCAGACAAAUGGAACUACAGGAGGAACAGCAGGAGGAGGAGGAGGAGGAGGAGGUGGCGGAGGAGGAGGAGGAGGAGGAGGAGGAGCCUGUGGUACUGGGGCAGGUCUCCAGCAGAGUCAGGACUCUGGACUCAAUCAGGUGCCUCCAAAUAAGAAACCACGGAUAGGACCUUCAGGCACUAACUCAGGCGGGCCUGUAUUGCCUUCUGAUUAUCAGCACUCCACUUCCCGCCUGAGUUACCAAAGUAACGUUCAGGGAUCUUCUCAGUCCCAGAAUGCGAUGGGGUAUUCGACGUCAUCUCAGCAGGGCUCUCAGUAUCAUCCGUCUCAUCAAUCUCACAGAUACUGAGUAGGCUUCCGGACUCCGUUCACGGUGGAAUGGACUAAACAGAAAUAGCUCCAGCAAUAUGAAGUUCAUAAUGAGAAGAACCAAAAAUGCAAACUGUGAUGAAAAUUCACAAUUACACAAGGAAAUUUAUUUUUUGUUGACCAUUUUGCAGAGACCUGUAUUCCUUCUUUGCUUACACAAAGGAGGUUCUUGUGAAGUUUCCCAGUCAUCUUUCCCCUUGCAUGGGUUCCAUUGUGGUUUCUGAUCUAAACCCAGCACUUGACUUCUCGAACCUUCAGCAUUACUUUGAAAGAUUCCCAGUGCACCUUCCUCAUGCGUGCUGGUACGGCAGUCACCUUGACCUACCUUUUCAAAACUCUUCAAGAAUGUUUUAAUGUUUAGGUUCUGAGCACCAAGAAUUCCAGCUGCAUAUAGAUUUAUACUUAGUAAACAGGUUUAGCAACCCAGGUGAAAAUGCACCUUUUUAAGCACGACAUUGUUUUCAAAGGAUAUUACUGUUUUGCUCAUUGGUGUCAUAUUCAGAAAAUUUUGCUAUUCCAGAGUAUUUUACUAGUACGUUUUUAUCAGUCUAGUUUUCAGAGGAGGACUUUAAACAAAGAAACACAUAAAAAAAGAAGAAAAAAAUGGGGGGAAAAAAAUCUACCUUGAAAGAUACCUUAGAUUUCUGCAAUUAAUAUGCUUCUUGCUACUGCACUGAAUGCCAGUCGGGCAUAUGGAACUCGAUCUUAGAAUCAAGAUCCUCUUCUCGAUUGUUUCCCUUAGACACCAUUUUUUAAUCUAGUUCUGGGGUAUGAUGCUAGGAUAAAAAGAAAAACAUUUCAAUGGUUUAAUUAAUAAUGAAAUACAAAUCUCUGGCCACCCACAAAUAAUAGUGAGAAAAGCAUUUUAAUGCUCUAGAAGUUUAGAAGGAAGCAGAAUACUGAAUAGAGGAUGUUCUUUUAGAAAAAAAACUUCCUAUAUCUAAAUCUGUAUCUAUCUAGCUAUAUAUACAUAUACAAACACAUAAAAAUAUGUGUGUAUAGGUAUAUAUAGUAUGUAGAGUUAUCUUAUCUAGAGAACUAUCAAUUUCCUCAACCCUGGGCCAGAUGGAGUAGAUUUCCUGAAUAAUCAAGAUUACUCAGAGAGAUGUUUAUAACCAUAUAUGCUUUCUACAAAAUACACUUCCCAUUCAUCUUUGCAUAUUUAAAAAAAAUUGAAAUGACUGCUUUAAAAGCAUGUUUAAAAUAUAGAUUUUUGAUGUUUAAGGUAAGUAUUCUAUAUACAUGAUAUUGCUAUUGUUGAUGCAAAUCAAUUCUAUCAAGAGGCUUUUUAUUGCACUGUAUAUUUCGUUUAUCCCUAGGAACAGACUUAGUGAUUAUGUCUAAAAGUUUUGGGCAGAUAAGUAUAAGAUUAUAAUACUUAAAGUAAUAGUCCAGUAAUCAUUAUCAAAGGUUAAGUGCCCUAUUAUUAUCCAGCUUCAUGAAAAUAUAUUCCUCAGGAAGAUGUAAUAAUUUUGGGAAUUUUAUUUUUGUUUAAUGCUUGGAAAUUAAUAUGAAGAGUGACACUUUUCCCUGCAAUAACAGUUGAAGAACAUUUAUACUCUUUGAAUGGUACACUAGCUACAUCUAUAGAACCGGUCUUAUUUUUAAAAUUGAUUUCUCAUGUUUCCCUGAUUUUGAUGUCCUGGGUUCAGAUACAGGUAGAAUAAGGCUGUGGACAAGCUAGUAUAUGUUUUGCACUAAAACUAUAAAUUUGAAACCCUUAAGGACCAUACUGUUCUGAUAAUAAUACUUUUCAUUAAGAAUGAAUCAUUCAUAAUUACCAACAUGUUUGAAAGUAGGCCAAGUGAACAAACUCCCCCCAAAAGGAACAUCAUAGAAUUUUCACAGUAGUUUUUGUUGAACAUCAUAGAAUUUUCACAGUAGUUUUUGUUGUUCGAUCCCUCUUGAACAAAAAUGAGAGCCUUCUAUAGCCAGAUUAACAUUAAAGAAUCUGCCGGAUCCACUGACCAGAUUUACUGUAACCACCUUGAAAAAAUAAAGCAGAUGAUUAAAUGCAAUGGAAGGAAUUGGAGGAAAAAAAUGCUUGAGUUGCGUCGGCAGUCAGUCGGCAACAUUUAUUGAACACUCUCUGUGAGAAGGGCACUGUAUCUGGUACUUUGCAGCACCACAAGGCUGUUUACCAUUUCCUGUGGGCCAGAAACUAUAUGUCUCACAAGGGAAAACAUAUGAGGUCAAAAUUUACAAGCAAUUUGAAAAUACGUUGUUUUUUUCCCUUUCACGUCCCUUUCCCUUUCAUAAAUUUUACUCUGGUACUGAUUUAUAAAUCAAUUUCUACACCUCCCUUCAGUUCAUUCAGCCACCCACAGUGAAAUGUGGAAUUUUCAUAACUGGUGCUUUUUCAAGUAUUAAAGCCUUUUAAGUGCUGAUACGUCAUUUCCCCACUUUUUACUGCCUUGACGUUCUCGUCCCGCAAUCUGUCAUAGUAGUUUUAGCUUUCUGUAAAACAAAACAAACAAAAAAAAUCACUGUUUCAGUGAAUAGCCACAUCGAUGGAUCUCUACCAGUGCAAACUAUUUACAAAGCAUAGGUUACUGUGGAAUAUUGGUGGAGUUUGAAGACAUAAUGUUUUACUUUGCAUUCACGAGCUUCCAAGCACUGAGAGUGACCAUCAUCUUGACUUUAAAAACGAAAAGAGGUCACAAUGUUCACUGAAGACUGCAAGAUAUUAUUUAAUGGAUUUUGCUUUUGCUUUAUUGCAUAUUCAAAGUCAGGGUAAUCAAAUGGACUUAAAAGUCAAAGAAGGGAAUAAAUAAAAUGUAUAAUGCUUUUUAAAAUGUUUACUGCCACCCUUUUGUAAGUCAGUUUUUAGAUGACCUUUCUGGUUUUACAAUUAGUUAUAUGUUUAUGAGAGAGAUUUUCCAUAAAUCCUAGUGUGCAUGUCGGCAAAGCUUAGAUCCGCCUCAUGUCAGGGCAAGUAUGAUGAGGUUAAAAUGAUUUUUGUAAUGAGGUAAAUCAAUCAGAAACUUUAGGAAUUAAUUUAGUGUAUAUUUUUGUUCUUAAGUAGAUUUGAAAACCGAAUUAAUAUUUGGAAUAUUGGCCUUCUGGGCAACCUGUAUCUGCCCCAGCAGAAGUAUUUCACACUUGUUCUUAAUUACUGUCUGGACGUUUAAGUAAAUCAGCAGAUAGUUGAACACCUUAAUGACUUGAUUCUGUCUGUUGAGGAGAAAAAAUUGGGAAUAAGGUUAGCAGCAAAGCCUACAUUGAGUAAAUUUAUGUAGCACAAACUGAACAAUGAAGGAAGAAUUUUAUGAUUGCUGCAAAUCCUGCACUAUCUGAGAUGCUGUUUUCCUGGAAGUUGAUAGUGGAGGACAGGGGAAGUUAAAGGAGGAAGAAGUAAUAACAUCUGGAGAGGAGAAAGAAGGUGUGUACUCAAAUAUGUAUGCUCUUUUAUAUAACAUAAGCAGCUUAGCUUCCCAUUUGUAAUAUUCCAGAAUGGUCCACAAAUAUCAUUAAGCAUAAGUAAAUUGUUUUAAGAUUUAAUAAUGUAUUGUAAAUAAGGCCAUAAAUACUCUUCUAAUGUAUCAUUCCACAGGAGUGGUACAUAUUGCUAUAAGAUUAAAAAAAAGUCCUUAAUGCACUGUUUUCUCCUAAAUAUUUAGUAAAUUAAUACUAUUUAAUUUUUUAAAGAUCUGUCUGUGUAGACACUAAAAGUAUUACACAAAAUAUGGACUUCAUAUGUCCUUUUUAACAGCAAUUUAAAGUACUUUUAUAUGUGUAAUUUAGUAUAUACUUUCCAAAAUGCUCUAGUUUGUAUUUCCCAUGUUAUUAUUUGUGAAAGCAUACCUUUAUUUGUUUCCUUUUUCAAUAAUUUCAUGCACGCAGCCUUCAUUUUUGUUAUUACUAGAUUGCCUUUCAUGUCCCACAGCUUUGCUGCCGCUCUAGUUAUGUGGUAGCCACAUUCUGCUAAACCCAUUCUAACGGGUGGGCAAAAACAACUUCUCCUUUAGAGAUAAGAGUUUGUUGCUUUGGAGUUGUCCUGUCGUUCCUGAAAUGACUGUUCUGAGCUCACUGCAUUUAUUUUGUACUCUCGGUUGUAAUAAAAUUUAAUUGACUUUGAUUCUGUGUGAAUUUUUCAAAUAAAGAUAAUAUUCAUUUGUAAUAAUAAAAAGUUCUAAUUUA